CGGGGCUCUGGGAAGGCCCGCCCAGAGUGGGCUGACUGCGGCGGAGCCCGGGCCGCCAGGUCGGGCUGCGCGAUCGCUGCGCCUUCUGCCCCGGCCGGGCUCUCGCUGCCUCCCGGAAGGCAGCCGUGCUUGCAGGUCCCAGGCCGGCCUCCUGCCCCUGAAGGAGAGAAGUGCCCCGAGUCCUGCUCCCGCUCAGCCCCGCAGUCAUGGCCCCUGGGAGGCGCCGCCCCCCGCCCCAGAAGCUGGUGACCUUCCAGGAUGUGGCCGUGGACUUCACUCUGGAGGAAUGGGGGCUCUUGGAUUCUUCCCAGAAGGAGCUGUACAAGGAGGUCAUGCUGGAAACCUCCCAGAACCUGCUCUCUCUGGGACUUCCAGUUCCCAGAGAAUACUCCAUCCUCCAUUCUGAACAAGGGGAGCAAGCAGACCCCAGAAGCUCCUGCCCAGAUGGAGAGACCAGGCUUGAAAUGAGGGAAAGUUCUUCAGAGCUGAUUGUUUCUGUGGGAAAAUCUGGAAAGCAAAGAUUUAUGAAUGAAUGUGACCUCACUUUGAGAGAAAUCUGUGACUCUAAUAUCAAAGUCAAGAAGAAGCAAAACAGUCACUGUGAAUUUGAGCUGGAUGGAAAGAAUAUCAGACAAUGUUCAGUCUUAAUUCAGUGUAAGCAGAUGACCUCAGGGAGCGACUGUUUGCAGGAUCAUAACUAUCAGGAAAGCAUUACAGAGUUUCACGAGAAGCCUCUUAAAGUGCAAACUUAUCAAUGUAAUGAAUGUGAGAUGAUCUUCAGCUUGAAUUCAGAUCUAACCAGACACCAGAAAAGUCACACCAGAGAAAUGCUUUAUACCUGUGAUGAAGGCGAGAAGGCCUUCAAUCAUAAAUCAAAGCUCACUGAACACCAGAAAACUGACAAUAGAAAGAACCUUUACGGGUAUAAUGAAUGUGGCAAAUCCUUUAAGCAACAGUUAUCACUUAAUCACCAUCAAAAAUUUCAUACUAAUGAAAAGCUGCAUAAAUGUAUACAAUGUGGAAUGGCCUUCAGGAGAAAUUCAUCUCUUAUUUCCCAUCAGAAAAUUCAUACUAGACAGACUCUUGAGUGUCUUGAAUGUGAUAAAGCUUUCAGUGAAAACUCCUCUUGUAUUGUACACCAGAGGAGCCACACUGAACAGGAACCUUAUUCUUGUAACCAAUGUGGAAAGACUUUCAGACAGAGGUCUGGUCUUGCUGAACAUCAGAGAAUCCACACCGGAGAGAAACCUUAUCCUUGCAAUCAGUGUGAAAAGUCUUUUAGAUGCAGUUCUGGUCUUGUUCAACACCAAAGAAUCCACUCUGGAGAAAGACCUUAUAAAUGUAAUCAAUGUGGAAAGAGUUUCAGAUGCAACUCUAAACUUUCUCUACAUCGGAGAAUCCACACUGGAGAGAAACCUUAUGAAUGUAACCAAUGUGGAAAGACUUUCAGACAGAGUUCUAGUCUUGCUGAACAUCAGAGAAUCCACACUGGAGAGAAACCUUAUGAAUGUAAUCAGUGUGAAAAGACUUUCACACAGAGUUCCAGUCUUUCUCUACAUCAGAGGAUCCACACUGGAGAGAAACCUUAUAAAUGUAAUCAGUGUGGAAAAUCUUUCACAAACACAUCCAAUCUUUCUGAACAUCAAAGAAUUCACACUGGAGAGAAACCUUAUGGAUGUAAUCAGUGUGGAAAGACUUUCAGACAGAGUUCUAGUCUUGUUGAACAUCAAAGAAUCCACACAGGAGAAAAACCUUAUAAAUGUAAUCAAUGUGGGAAAAGUUUCAGACAGAAUUCUAGUCUUGUUGAACAUCAAAGAAUUCACACUGGAGAAAAACCUUAUAAAUGUAGUCAAUGUGGAAAGACUUUCAGACACAGCUCUAGUCUUGCUAAUCAUCAGAGAAUUCACACUGGAGAGAAACCUUACGAAUGUAAUCAUUGUGGAAAAGCUUUCACACAGAGCUCCAAUCUUGCUUUACACCAGAAAAUCCACACUGGAGAGAACCUUUAUAAAUGUAAUCAGUGUGGAAAGGCUUUCACAAACACAUCCAAACUUGCUCUGCAUAAGAGAGUUCACACCGGAGAGAAACCUUACGAUUGUAAUCAGUGUGGAAAAACUUUCAGAUGCAGAUCUGGUCUUGCUCUACAUGAGAGAAUCCAUACUGGAGAGAAACCAUAUGAAUGUAAUCAGUGUGGAAAGGCUUUCAGAUGCAGUUCAGGGCUUGGAAAACAUCAGAGAAUCCACACUGGAGAGAAACCUUACGAAUGUAAACAGUGUGGAAAGAGCUUCCGACAGAGCUCCAAUCUUGCUGAACAUAAGAGAAUCCACACUGGAGAGAAACCUUAUGAAUGUGAUCAGUGUGGAAAGGCUUUCCGAUUCAACUCCAAACUUGUUCUCCAUCACAGGAUCCACACUGGUGAGAAACCUCAUGAAUGUCAUGAAUGUGGCAAGGCUUUUAGGGAUCGUUCAUCUCUUAUUGUCCAUCAGACAAUCCACACCGGAGAGAAACCUUAUGAAUGCAACCAAUGUGGCAAAACCUUUCGGCAGCAGUCAUCCCUUAUUUCCCAUCGAAGAAUUCAUAAUAGAUAGAAAUCUUAUUACUGUAAUGAAUGAGGAAAAAUGUUUCAAUAGAAUAUAGAGUUAGAUAUCAUACAAUUCAUUCUGGGGACAAACUCUGUAUGGAUUUAAUGUGGGAAGACCUUUAGUCAAAGAUCAUCACUUACUUUGCAUUAGUACAGAGAAAUCUUAGGAGUGUGUUCAUUGGGGGAAAUAUUAGAGUAUUCACACUGAAAGGAAGGGUGGUAAAAGCAAGGAUUGUGGGAAAGCCUUGACAGUCAAGGAUAAGUUUUGGAUAAGACUCAAGGAAUUAUGCUGGAGAUAAAACUUGAAUUAAAAAGGGAAGACUUCUUGCUUCAGCACAAACUUAGUUGAUACCCCAUAUUUCAAACUAUGCCUAAAACCCUAUUAAUAUAAAGAAUUUUUCUCCGAAAUACUAUUGGUUUUUGGUUCUCAAUAAUAAUUCAUGUCAUUUUGUAUCCCAUAACUUCACCAGCCAUCCCCCAGGAAAUUAAUGCUCACUUAUUUCCUGUUGUUGUUGUUGACACAAAACAUUCUGAAAUAGACAUUUUGAUAAUUGUUAGACACUGAUUUAUGUAAUGAAUUCUUUAGGCUAUUAUAGUAGUUAGAGUAUUAUUACUGGAACUAAAAGACCUCAGUUCAAAUUCAGUCUCUGACACUUCCUAGCUGUGUGAUCUGGGCAAAUCACUUAACCUAUUGCUGCUUCAGUUUCCCGCAUCUGUUGUAGAAUGUAUAUGCUAAUAAUCCAUCUGUUAUGAUUGAUGUGAAAAUCAAGUUUGAUAAUAUCUGUAAAUUGCUUUGCACAUAUUAAACCACUAUUUAAGUGCUAGCUACUCUGUUUCUUGGGUCAUAAGUCUCAAA